AGGACCUACCCCCGCCCGCACGAGUACCUGGACAUCUCGGCGCUACCCGAGAGCUGGGACUGGAGGAACGUGAACGGCGUCAAUUACGCCAGCACCACCCGCAACCAGCACAUCCCCCAGUACUGCGGGUCCUGCUGGGCCCAUGGCAGCACCAGUGCCCUGGCAGAUCGAAUCAACAUCAAGAGAAAAGGUGCAUGGCCUUCUGCCUACCUCUCUGUUCAGAACGUGAUCGACUGUGCCAAUGCAGGAUCCUGUGAAGGUGGAGACCACUCAGGUGUUUGGAUGUAUGCCCAUGAGCAUGGCAUUCCAGAUGAGACCUGCAACAACUACCAAGCUAAGGAUCAAAAGUGUAAGAAGUUUAACCAGUGUGGAACUUGUGUCACUUUUGGAGAAUGCCAUGUGAUAAAGAACUACACUCUCUGGAAAGUUGCUGACUAUGGGUCUGUCAGUGGAAGAGAAAAAAUGAUGGCAGAAAUCUAUACUAAUGGACCCAUUAGCUGUGGUAUAAUGGCUACUGAAAAGCUGGAUGCUUACACUGGAGGACUUUAUAUGGAGCACAACAGCUCGCCUGUGGUGAAUCACGUUGUAUCUGUGGCUGGCUGGGGAGUGGAAAAUGGAACAGAAUACUGGAUUGUUCGUAACUCAUGGGGUGAACCCUGGGGUGAAAGAGGAUGGCUGAGAAUUGUGACAAGUGCAUAUAAAGGUGGAAGAGGAGCAGAGUACAAUCUUGCUAUUGAAGAGGACUGUGCCUAUGGAGAUGUUGUUCUUCCUUGAUUCUGUGUUGUACAUCUUUCUGUUUAGGAAAGCACAACCUUUUCCUUUUUAAAGAAUAGUAGUCUAAAACUUUCACAGUUCAACACCACCUGGCAAUUAUGCAAAACUAGCCCAGAUAACACGCCUUCAAAGUAAAAAUAAAUACA